AGAAAUGUUUCUUACGACGACAUGACAAUCCCAACGGACGUGUUUCUUAAGUUUUGGAAGAAGUAAUAGAAGUCUUUGCUUCCGACGUUCCUGCAACAAUGGAUGGACUGGCGACUAGAGAACGUGACUUCAGGCGAUGCCUGGCCCUGAUGGUACUCUUACAGUACGUCCUGACAAUCACGCCCCCUGCCGACGCACAGGUGACACGCACCGUCACGGCAACGCCUGCGUCACCAGGCAACUUCACCGCAUCGUCUGCGUUGCCAGGCAACGUCACCGCAUCGUCUACGUUGCCUGGCAACGGCAACGCCACGUCUAACCGGCCGGACAACAUCAACGCCACGCAGAGUCAGCGACUCGGAAACUUCACAACUACCAAUCUGCGUUCGAUUUCGUUGCCUAGCAACGUCACCAAUUCUACAACGAUGAACCCUGGCAACAACACCGACAUUGCAACGACGUCUUCGUUGCCUAGCAACGAUACCAACGCAACAACCGUCAACCCAACAAUGUUUUCAAACAACACCAACCUGACGACGGUGCAAUCUGCGUUGCCUGGCAACAACACCAACCUGACGACGGUGACUCCGUUGCUAGGGAACGGCACGUCGAUGACGUCGCUCUUCCCUCAUGUGAACGCAACCAAUGGCACAGCUGGAAGCGACGCCUUGCCCCCCUUACAGUGGGACUGGUCAGUUAUCGGAGUUAUCGUCGCCUGCAGCGUGCUCGGGUUUCUCCAGUUACUCCUCCUCGGCCUCUGCUGCUUUCUCUGGGUUCGGAAACGCAAGAGUUCGGCGCUGAAAAUCGGCUCCAAGGAAUCCCUGAGGCCGAGAGACGAAAGCGACAAGGACGCCAGGCGGAAAAGCAUCAUGAAAAGCACCAAAGACGGGUCAAGAGAUAAGAGGUAUGUUUAA